AUGGCUGCCCAGUGCGACACUUUAAGUGGAUACUUGCAGCAGUCGGACCAGGGCUCCAACAGCGAACGCAGCACCGACUCUCCCCUCCCGGGAUCAGAGGAGGACCUCAGCGGCCCCCAUCCGCUGCCAGACCCGGAAUGGACCGAGGAGAGGUUUCGAGUGGACCGAAAGAAGCUGGAAGUUAUGUUGUUAGCUGCCUCUGAGGGGAGAGUCAAUGGCGGUGAGGAUUUCUUUCAGAAGAUCAUGGAUGAGACCCAAACACAGAUAGCCUGGCCCUCAAAACUGAAAAUCGGAGCCAAAUCCAAAAAAGAUCCACACAUCAAGGUGUGCGGCAAAAGAGACAACGUGAGAGAAGCCAAAGACAGGAUUAUGUCUGUCCUUGACACAAAGAGUAACAGGGUGACUCUGAAGAUGGAUGUUUCCCACACAGAGCACUCACACGUGAUUGGCAAAGGUGGCAACAACAUUAAGAGGGUGAUGGAGGAGACCGGGUGCCACAUCCAUUUCCCAGACUCUAACAGGAAUAACCAAGCGGAGAAAAGCAACCAGGUGUCCAUCGCAGGGCAGCCAGGAGGCGUAGAGGCUGCCCGAGUGAAAAUAAGGGAGCUGCUACCUCUUGUGCUGUCAUUUGAACUUCCAGCCAUCAUGCAGUCUGACCCCAGCUCGCCCACUGUGCAGCACAUCUCACAGACCUACAACCUCACAGUUUCCUUUAAGCCUCCUACACGCCUCUACAGGGCCACAGGGGUUGUUCGUGGCUCACAGAAUAACACCAAUGCAGUGAAGAGAGGCACUGCUCUGUUGUUGGAGCACCUGGCCGGUAGUCUGGCAAGCACCAUCUCAGUCACCACCCACCUGGACAUCGCUCCACAACACCACCUUUUCAUGAAGGGUCGCAAUGGCAGCAAUAUCAAGCACAUCACCCAAAAGACAGGAGCCCAGAUCCACUUCCCUGAUCCCAACAGCCCGCAGAAAAAGUCCACUGUCUACAUUCAGGGCACCAUCGAAUCAGUGUGCCUCGCCCGCCAGUACCUCAUGGGCUGCUUGCCUCUGGUAUUGAUGUUUGACAUUAAAGAAGACAUUGAGGUGGAGCCCCAGUGUAUCACAGCACUGAUGGAGCAGCUGGAUGUCUUCAUCAGUAUUAAACCAAAGCCAAAGCAGCCCAGCAAGUCUGUGAUUGUGAAGAGCGUGGAGAGGAAUGCAGUCAACAUGUAUGAAGCCCGAAAGUUUCUUCUGGGUCUUGAGAGCAACGGAGUGUCUUGUUCUUCCCCCUCGGUGGCUCUGAAUCCCACCACUAAUGGUCCAUCUCCAUCCCUCAUCUGCCCCGUUGGCCUGGACAUUCUGACCUCAGCUGGCCUGGGGUUGAGCAAUCUGGGUUUCCUGGGUGCGACGGCGCCCCACUCUCUCCCAAACUCUGCCGCCCCAAACGCUAUACUGAACAGCUUAAACUCAUCUCUGAGUCCGCUUCAGACACCAAGCCCCAGCACCCCUGCCCCCUCCCCCUCCCUCUGGCCCAGUUCGCUCACCAGCGCCCAGAGCUUCUCAUCUCAGCUGUUGCUGCACCCUGCCACUCAGGCCACCCUGAGCAGCAUCCUGCUGUCAAGCGUGCAGGGUUACACACACAGCACGCCAUCGCCUCCACCUGGCCUCGCCCCCAUAGACAAGCAGUCGAACGGGGUGCCUGACUGCACUCUGAAUGGACAUGUCAAGCAUCCUGGCUCCGUUUACGGGAGGUUAGCAACAGCAGCACUUGCAGAAACGGUUCUGAGUCCAGCUCCUUGUGACUCUGCUCAAGAAGCCAGUGGACACAAUCCAUCAGAGCCGCUAUCAAGCAAGUCCAGUCAAGAUCAAGGCUCUGAUACAUUUGUAGAGGUGGGCAUGCCGAGAAGCCCCUCUCAUUCAGCUAAUGGGAGUGAGCUUAAACAGAUGCUGGCUUCAUGUAAGGCCUCCGGGAAACGACAGGCUGUGGAGCUCCUGCAAGGCACCAAGAACUCUCAUCUACAUUCUGACUGUCUCCUCUCGGACACUGAAUCCAGCUCGUCAGACAGUCCUGUAGCAGAUAAGAGGGCGCCGGGGAGCGAGCGGGCAGCCGAGAGGGCAGCACAGCAAAAUGAGAGGGAGAGAAUCAGACUGGCACCACAGACGUCCUUUGCAAACAUGCAGGCCUUUGACUAUGAACAGAAGAAGUUGUUGGCAACCAAAGCUAUGUUGAAGAAGCCCGUGGUGACUGAAGUGCGGACCCCUACUAACACUUGGAGUGGUCUGGGCUUCUCAAAGUCCAUGCCAGCGGAGACCAUCAAAGAGCUGCGAAGAGCUAAUCAUGUCUCAUAUAAACCUAGCAUGAGCACCACAUAUGAGGGUUCCCCGCUGUCCUUGUCUCGAUCCAGCAGCCGAGAAGGCGUAGGCAAUGGUAGUGAUUCUGACAACUGGAGGGAGAGAAACGGCACUGGUAACGGCCUGCCAAACCACACCGAGUUCCCCUCCGCUGUCAGCAGUCCAAAGAGGAAGCAGAACAAAUCUGCUGUCGAGCAUUACCUCAGCAGCAGCAACUACAUGGACUCCAUCUCCUCAGUAACUGGCAGCAACGGCUGCAGUCUGAAUUCAUCCCUGAAAGGAUCUGACUUGCCAGAGCUUUUCAGCAAGCUGGGUUUAGGGAAAUACACAGACGUUUUCCAGCAACAAGAGAUUGACCUCCAAACAUUCCUGACUCUAACGGACCAGGACCUGAAGGAAUUGGGCAUCACCACCUUUGGUGCCCGCAGGAAAAUGCUCCUGGCCAUUUCAGAACUAAACAAGAACCGGAGGAAGCUAUUUGAGCCACCCAUCAGGUCCUCUUUCCUGGAGGGGGGAGCUAGCGGUCGCCUCUCCCGCCAGUUCCACGCUGACAUGGCCAGCGUCAGUGGGCGAUGGUAG